CAUCAAGUCAAAAUGAAAGCCCUUAAUAGCAAUCACUUCUUGCUUUCAUGGUAAUUUUGGCCCAUUCAUGGACCUUUCUGACUUGGUAAUGUUAUAAGUAUGCAGAAAAUAUACUACUGCAGUGUCGUCUCCUGUGACAUUUUGUUGAUGCUGGUAUCUAUUAUAAUAUUUGCGAAACCUGCCGUUAAGAGUACUCCAAUAUUAUGCAGUCAGACAAAGCCGUGGAAGCUGAGUGGUCGAGAUAUUGUCUCAGAUUCGAAGGGUCUCGUUCUACUAGUAGUGCUGAUGCCGAUGGAAUGCGAACAUUGCCACAAACAAUUGAUGAAAUUUCAAACAGUAAUGGAAACACUACCGGAAAUAAGGAUUGUUGUUGUAGCUCCACAUGAUGAGAAUCCUCGUCUGAUUGAGCGCUAUCGAGAGGAAUUCCCUCGUGUUGCGAUCGGUAUGGAAUCGUUGGAUGAGCGAAUCUGGAACACGCUGUCAGGUUCUGCUCAUGAUCACUUUAUUUAUGAUCGAUGUGGUCGUCUAGCUAGCAUCAUUCGACAUCCAGAAAGUGAUACUUCAAAAUUUGAACAUACACUUUGGGCAUUGAAAUUAGCUAUUAGUUAUGCUCAGUGCGGCUGGUGCCAGUACGAUCCACCCGACCUGCCGUCACCUCACAAACCUCUCGUUACAACCCAUGCUUCCUCUACGCACAAAGGAAAAACGAAGAGGCCUCGUAUCAAGGCAGUAAUGUAUCCACAAAACGGUAGAACACGUAUGGUGAGUUCAGAUCGCCAAGCAGAUUUUGCACCUGAUCAUGAACGUUUUUCUUCACGAACUAAUACAGUAUCCCCAGCACGUAAAGGACAUGCAAGGAUUUCUAGUGAUUACAUUUCUUUCCUGUCUAGUGCUGCUCCUCCACCAAUGACUAUUGAAAAUAAUCAAAAGGCAGUGGUCGCUAGCAGCGAAUCACAACAGCAACAAGUCUCAGUGCGUAAACAAAAACCAACUACACAGCAAACACAACCAAAGUUUAAAAGUGGUCAACGAAGGGUCAUAACUCGGCCGGACAGUGAUAUCUCAUCAAUUAGUGAAUGGCGAACAUCGGAUGGAUUCCCCAGUCGAAUAGAUCAAGAUGGAAAUCAACGACAUGAACAACAGCAGCAACGGAAAAAAGAAGAGCGGCAUCAACAGGAGGAAAAGAGGAGGAAACAUGAACAAGAGUAUGAAGAGGCUUUGCAACAAUUGCGCAUACAACAGGAACAACAAGAAAUUUGGAAGCAGGAAGAGGAACAGAGGAGGAUUCAGGAGCAACAAAGACUGCAGGAAAUGCAAAGAAAGCACGAAGAAAGACAACGUCAGGAACAACAAAGAUUUCAGCAACAAGAAUUCGAGAGAAGAAUCGAAGAACAGCAAAACUUACGUGAACAAAAAACGAUAAGCGAAUUUUACACUGAUGCAAGUAGCGAAGAUCAUGAAUCUCAUCUAGAUCCAAAGGAUGAAAACAACUGGAGACAAUUCAAAGCUCCGUUGCAUCACCAGAACGUUCACAAUUAUAUAAUGACAACGAGUGUACCCUAUGAUUCCAUUAGUCCAGCAAAGAAAACUUCAUCUCUAUAUGACGUAGGAGAUGAAGAAGGAGAUUAUGAUUAUUCUCAGGUGGUUAGUGAAACAACCAUUGCUCCAACUGAGAGGACACAAAUCUUAGGUACGAAACCUCCAGAACACUCGCCAUUCUUGUUCGAGCAUCAAGUGCCAUGCGCUGCAUUUACAGAUCAGAUAUGCAUUGAGCAGAAAAAAAGGAUUGGUGCAGAUAAGAUGAGCAAAUGCUGUGAUAAGGGGAUUUACUUGACGGAUUUAUGCGUACCGGGACGUUGCACAAAUGCCACUACUGAACUGUGCUGUAUGCAGAAAUUUCUCCAGUCUAAAUACAAAUGCUGUUUGAAUGACAGUAAAACAAUUAACUCUCCCGGUGAUGCAUUCAGUCGUUGUUGUUUCCAUAAAUUUGUACAGGAUAAUGAUAAAUGCUGUCCAGCUCAUCGUGCUAAAUUUCACUGGUUAACAGCACAUGAGAUAUGUCUACCCAAUGUUCGAGUUGAUUUGAGUGGUUUGCGAUUCUCGGUACGUAUCGGUGACAAUCAUAAUACUAACAACGGUAAUCAGGCAUUGAAUGAUGUAAUAACAAUAGAUCUAAAUGUGGACAAAUCAUGGGAUCACAAUUGUGAGCAAGGUACCAGAGUGUUGCAGUUCCCUUAUUUACCCAAUGAACUUAACAACCAAAAUGAGGGCAAUGAAGAUGAUGAGGAAAACAGAUAGCGUUUAAUUAAAA